AGGCUGUGAAUGCAGUGGGGGGUCUCUACCACCCCUGUAGAGGAGGCUCCUCUGAGAGGGUGCCCUGGAGGCCUGAGGAGAGGUGAAAGAGCUUCCAGGGAAAGGUUUGGGCCAGGAUCCCUGGUGUGUAGGGGUGGUACUAGGUUCAGGGUAUGGAAGGAGAAGGUUUGGGGUUUCUGAGUGCCUCCCCUUAGGAGCCCUGGUAAAGAUUCAAUUCCCUUUCUGUUGGGCUCUAAAAAUAGCCUGCUCAAGACCUCAGGGGCUAACCUCCUAAAAAACCUCAGCACCCCCUCUUGGCGUGUAAUCAGAUAAAGUGCCAGGUUCAAAUCUUGCCCCAUGCAGUUGGCUUGCUCUGUGACCUGGGGCAAACCACUCUGGGCCUCAAUUUUCCUUUUCUGCAAAACAUGAGGGGAUGUUCCCUACUUCCUGUGGUGUUUAUAAAUAUUAAAUAAUAAUUAGGUCCUGUAAUAGCUAACACUGUUUGAGCCUGAUGUCCCCAAGGCUUGAUGCUUGGUGGCUAAAUCCUCUAGACAAGCCAGAGUUGUUGCUCUACCCACUGUGUAGAUGAGGAGACUGAGGCCUGGAGCCCCUGAGGCACACGGCAAGGAUCAGCAGUGUGGGGAAUGGAUGCAGAGAAGAAUUUGAGGGGCUGGGUGGGAUUCUUACCCCUGUCCAUUCCCUUCGCUAGGGCCAAUUCCCGUCCCCCCAGCAGCAUGGCUUCCUGUGCUGAACCCUCUGCCGUGGGCCCUGAGCCCGCCACCCUGCCACCUGCUGGAGUCCCACCGCUUGAGGACUUCGAGGUGCUGGACGGGGUGGAAGACGCAGAGGGCGAGGAGGAGGAGGAUGAGGACCUGAGUGAGCUGCCGCCACUUGAGGAUGUGGUGCGGCCCCCACUGGACGAGGCUGAGCAGCCCGGGGCCCUGGCCCGAGAGUUCCUGGCAGCCAUGGAGCCCGAGCCCGAGCCCGCCCCGGCCCCGGAAGAGUGGCUGGACAUCCUGGGGAAUGGGCUGUUGAGGAAGAAGACGCUGGUCCCAGGCCCACCCGGGUCAAGCCGCCCUACCAAGGGACAGGUGGUCACUGUGCAGUUGCAGAUGUCACUGGAGAACGGCACACGGGUGCAGGAGGAGCCGGAGCUGGUGUUCACCCUGGGCGACUGCGAUGUCAUCCAGGCCCUGGAUCUCAGCGUCCCGCUCAUGGAUGUCGGGGAGACAGCCAUGGUUACUGCUGACUCCAAGUACUGCUAUGGCCCCCAGGGCAGCAGGAGCCCCUACAUCCCCCCGCACGCGGCCCUGUGCCUGGAAGUAAUACUGAAGACGGCCGUGGACGGGCCUGACCUGGAGAUGCUCACUGGGCAGGAGCGCGUGGCCCUGGCCAAUCGGAAGCGGGAGUGUGGCAAUGCCCACUACCAGCGGGCUGACUUCGUGCUAGCCGCCAACUCCUACGACCUCGCCAUCAAGGCCAUUACCUCCAGCACCAAAGUGGACAUGACGUUUGAGGAGGAAGAGCAGCUCCUGCAGCUGAAGGUGAAGUGUCUGAACAACCUGGCGGCCUCGCAGCUGAAGCUGGACCACUACCGCGCAGCACUGCGCUCCUGCAGCCUUGUGCUCGAGCACCAGCCAGACAACAUCAAGGCGCUCUUUCGCAAGGGCAAGGUGCUGGCCCAGCAGGGCGAGUACAGUGAGGCCAUCCCCAUCCUGAGGGCGGCCUUGAAGCUGGAACCUUCCAACAAGACGAUCCACGCAGAGCUCUCGAAGCUGGUGAAGAAGCACGCAGCCCAGCGGAGCACAGAGACCGCCCUGUACCGGAAAAUGCUAGGCAACCCCAGCCGGCUGCCUGCCAAGUGUCCUGGCAAAGGUGCCUGGCCUCUUCCCUUUAUCCACAGUCCAUCCCGUGGAAGUGGCUGUUUGGGGCGACUGCUGUCGCCCUGGGGGGCGUGGCGCUCUCUGUGGUCAUCGCUGCCAGAAACUGACUGCCCAGGUGGCUGCCACCUCCUCUGCACACCAUGGACCCCACCCUGUGCUCCCGAACUUCCCCAGACUCCUUGUCCACUGCCCUAUCUAGCCUAUCCCCCUCCCCUGGGGGGGUGCAGCGAGGUUUGGGGGUCGUGUGGCCCAGCAAGCAGGAGGGACUGAGGCCCUAUAGGAGGAAAGUGAGGCAGGGCCGGGGCCCCACGUCCAGCCCAGAGGGAGGGGGCCCUCAUUCCUCCAGACCCAAUUCCCACCCCGACUCCCACCCCCCUGAGUUAGGUCUCAACAGGGGCCGGCCUCAGUUUCCCCUUCCCAACAGGCCUGGGGGCAGCCCUUCUCCCACCCAAACCUUGUCCAAGUGCCAUCCCCUCUUGCCCUGCCUGCUGCCCUCUGUCCAGGCUCCCCCCACCGUGAAAUAAAGCCUCCCACCCCACA